AUGGCUGCGCACCGCGCAGCCACCCUUGCCUGCUCGCUGCUGCUCCUGUCCGCCGCUCUGCUCCGCCGCGGCUGCCGGGCGCGCUUUGCCGCGGAGCCCGACUCGGAGCACGACGAAGAGGAGCCGGAGGUUUUCCCCGAGUCGCCGGUUCAGAGACCCACGGUGCUAGUGGCCAUCCUCGCCCGCAACGCUGCGCACGCGCUGCCUCACUUCCUCGGCUGCCUGGAGCGGCUGGACUACCCUAAGAGCAGGAUGGCCAUCUGGGCAGCCACUGAUCACAAUGUGGAUAAUACAACAGAAAUACUCAGGGAGUGGUUGAAAAAUGUACAGAGAUUCUAUCACUAUGUCGAGUGGAGGCCUAUGGAUGAACCAGAAUCUUACCCUGAUGAAAUUGGACCAAAGCAUUGGCCAGGCUCCCGUUUUGCCCAUGUGAUGAAACUACGGCAGGCGGCCCUUCGAACUGCGAGGGAAAAAUGGUCAGACUAUAUUCUGUUCAUAGAUGUCGACAACUUCCUGACUAAUCCACAGACCCUCAAUCUAAUGAUUGCAGAAAACAAAACCAUUGUGGCACCCAUGCUGGAGUCUCGGGGCCUGUACUCUAAUUUCUGGUGCGGAAUCACACCUCAGGGCUUCUAUAAACGCACCCCAGACUACCUUCAGAUCAGAGAAUGGAAGCGGAUGGGCUGCUUUCCCGUUCCCAUGGUUCACUCCACCUUCCUAAUUGACCUCAGGAAGGAGGCCUCUGACAAGCUGAUGUUCUAUCCCCCGCACCAGGACUAUACCUGGACCUUUGAUGACAUCAUCGUCUUUGCCUUCUCCAGCAGGCAAGCAGGCAUCCAGAUGUACCUCUGCAACCGAGAGCACUAUGGCUACCUGCCCAUCCCCCUGAAGCCCCAUCAGACCCUGCAGGAGGACAUCGAGAACCUCAUCCAUGUGCAGAUAGAAGCGAUGAUUGACGGUCCUCCAGUGGAACCCUCCCAGUUUGUUUCAGUUGUCCCUAAAUAUCCAGACAAGAUGGGAUUUGAUGAGAUUUUCAUGAUCAACCUCAAGCGCAGAAAGGACAGGCGGGACCGGAUGUUACGCACCCUGUACGAGCAAGAGAUUGAGGUCAAGAUCGUCGAGGCUGUGGAUGGAAAAGCACUCAACACAAGUCAGCUGAAGGCCCUGAAUAUUGAAAUGCUGCCUGGAUAUCGAGAUCCCUACUCCUCUAGGCCUCUCACCAGGGGUGAAAUUGGCUGCUUUCUCAGCCACUACUCUGUCUGGAAAGAGGUGAUUGACCGAGAGCUGGAGAAGACUCUGGUUAUUGAGGAUGAUGUGCGCUUUGAACAUCAGUUUAAGAAGAAGCUGAUGAAGCUGAUGGAUGACAUUGACCAGGCUCAGCUGGAUUGGGAACUGAUUUAUAUUGGCAGGAAGAGGAUGCAGGUGAAAGAGCCCGAGAAAGCGGUACCCAAUGUGGGAAAUCUGGUCGAAGCUGACUACUCCUAUUGGACGCUGGGCUAUGUCAUCUCUCUGGAAGGAGCACAGAAGCUGGUUGGAGCCGAUCCCUUUGGGAAGAUGCUGCCAGUGGAUGAGUUCCUGCCCAUCAUGUACAACAAGCAUCCUGUAGCUGAGUACAAGGAGUAUUAUGAAUCCAGGGACCUGAAGGCCUUCUCCGCCGAACCCUUGCUCAUCUACCCCACACACUACACAGGCCAGCCGGGGUAUCUGAGUGACACGGAGACCUCGACCAUCUGGGACAAUGAGACAGUGGCCACCGACUGGGACAGGACCCAUUCCUGGAAGUCCCGGAAGCAAGGUCACAUCCACCGCAAUGCCAAGAACACAGAGGCCCUGCCGUCACCAACCUCCCUGGACGCUGUGCCUUCGAGGGAUGAGCUAUGAAGGCUCCGUGGGGGAUUCACCACCCUUGAUUUUUCUAACGGGCUAUUCAUCUGUUUGCUCCAGCUUCUUCUAGUGGUCACAGUCCUCUAACCAAAGUGGCCUACUGUGAUUGAGCAAAAUUAAUAUAUUCUUGACAGGGGAGGAUAAGAAGGAAACUUAACCUAAAUUUCCUAAGAUGGCUAGAAGAUAGGCUUUAUGGCAACCAUCGAGAUAAACUUCAAUCCAGAUACCUAGCCCUUCAGUCUUCAUUCGUGUGAUACUGCUUCCUACAUUAAGGAUGAACAGUAUGGCCCAGAGACUCAUCCCUGAGAAAGGCAGUCACAUCAAUAAAUGCGCAGGCAAGGCAGUCGAGCCAACUGGACCACAUCCGUUGGUCUCGUGUGACCUUGAAAACUUGUGUAUGUAACAAGUUUGCGAGGGAGGGGGGUCAAAUCAUUUAAAAGCAAAUUAAUUGGGCUUUGGUUUAAAGGAAUUCUCUCA